AUGGAGGAAGUGAGUUGCAAGAAGCGAGUUCGAGACGACUCGGACGAGUUGGGGAUCGACUCGCCGGAGGUGAAGAGACUCAGGGAGGAUCUGUUGGAUGACCUGGAUGAAUUUGAGCUCUGCACGGCGGACCAGGAUCUGGACUCCUUCAUGAAGAGCUUCGAGGAGGAGAUUGCGGCGUCGCCGACGCCGGCCGCCGCAGCGGUGGUUGACUUGACGUCGGAGUCCGGCGAAUCCCAGCCGGAUCUCGGAUACCUAUUGGAAGCCUCCGACGACGAGCUUGGCCUCCCGCCGGCUACGGCGUCGCCGCCGGUAGAGGCGGAGAAGCCGGAGUUGAUCCGUGUUUGCUCUGACUCGGCCGAACUCACCGGCGGUUUGUGGGGCCUGGAUGACCAUAUUGGGAGUUAUGACUCGUACGAGUUUGGAAUCGUCGACUCGGAGAACUAUAACAUCAACGGCGGUGAAUAUGCUGCGCUGGAUGGGUUAUUUGACCAUUCGGAUCUUGCUUUCGGGUCGGGUGAUUAUCUGUGGAGACCCGAGACCUUACCGGCAAAUUAG